AAAGAGGGUCGUUUUUUUAUUUUAUUUUAUUAAAUCUGUGUUACAAAUGGUAAAAGAGAGAGGGUAUUUGAGAAUCUUGAUAAUUGGCUGCAUACAACAACAUCGUCCAGUCUCUGCACCCACGUGAAGCUCUCUUUGCUCGCCUACCCCACACAGAUUUUCCGUAUCCAUAAGUGGGCCCCCUCUUCUCGGGGAAAAUCGGCCCCACUCUCACCUCUCUCCCACACGUGUCCCCUCACCCACACACGUGAGUUCCACGUGUUCACUCUCCUCAUCCCCUCCCUCUCUUCGCUAGCACUUCACGUUUUGUCCUAUAAAUUUAGAACCUGUAUAUUAUAUUCUAGACACGAAUUACCUCCAAACCCCAGCGCUUAUACAUUUGUCGCUCCCCCUUUUCUUUCUUUCUCUCUUUCUUUCUCCAAGAACGAGCCGCUCUUCAAUUCCUCUUCCCAUUAAUAAAUAAAUAAAAGAAAAGGAAAGCAAGAAAGAUGUAACAGUCGAUUUUCUUGAAAUUCUUUGUUUCUUUCUUUCUUUAAUCGAAACUCGUCCUCUGUUCCCUUCACAUAUACAUAUAUAUAUAUAUAUAUAUAUAUAUAUAUAUAUGUACCUAUCUCUGCAGCAUGUGUGUACGUUAUAUUUGCAACUGCAACUGCAACUGCAACGUGCAAAGAAAAGAGAUUAAAGAGCAUCGAAUCUGUUUUGCAUGCUCUCUAUAAGCGUACCUUAUCUUUAAAGCGCAAUCCGGCUUACGUUACCCUCCAAAAGAUUUCUUUUCCCUUUCUCCUCCUCCUCCUCCUCCUCCUCCUCUCUUUUUUGUUUAUUCUACAACUACCCACCAACCUCCACCGCCUUCCUCUUCCUUACGCUGGUGCGGUGUUUAUUUAUUAUCUUUACUGCUCCUUUUUCUUUCAUAAAACGCUAAAUAUAUACGUAAAACAAGAACGAGAAAAAAAAAGAAAGAAAGGGAGACAUUAAAAAGAAAUGGCUACUAAUAAGCUUCUUUUGACGUUUGCUAUCUGUCGGUUAAUUAUAACCGUAGGAUUGACCGUGGACCCCGCUGAGCUUCUCAGGCUUGGAGUCGACGGUCGACUCAGUGUUGAUCCAUCUGACGUGGAAAUGGCUUCUCUCGAUUUCGGUUUACUUAGCCGAAGCCAGCCCAUGGCCGUUUUCCAUCCUGCUUCUGCACAAGACAUAGCUCGGCUUGUUCGAGCGGCUUAUAAUUCGGCUCAUGGGUUUACUGUGUCAGCUAGGGGCCACGGGCAUUCCAUAAACGGGCAAGCACAGACUAGAAUAAACGGAGUGGUGAUAGAGAUGAGCGGUAGCGACUCAAGAAGAAGCCAGCUCGGCUUGAGGAAGCCGGCUUCCCCGAAAGUAUCGGCGAAAGAGAUGCAUGUAGACGUGUGGGGAGGAGAGUUAUGGAUAGAUGUGCUAAAGAGCACAUUAGAAUAUGGACUCGCACCAAAAUCAUGGACUGAUUACUUGUACCUUUCCGUUGGUGGUACCUUAUCAAAUGCAGGCAUAAGUGGGCAAGCUUUUAACCACGGUCCUCAAAUUAGUAACGUUCACGAACUUGACGUUGUUACAGGCAAGGGCGAGAUAUUGACGUGCUCAGAUCAACAAAACUCAGAGCUGUUCCAUGCCGUUCUGGGUGGUCUGGGUCAAUUUGGCAUCAUCACUAGAGCCAGAAUUGCUCUAGAACCAGCUCCCCAAAGGGUGAGGUGGAUCAGAGUACUGUAUUCCAGCUUUUCGUCUUUUACUAGAGACCAAGAAUAUCUCAUUUCCUUGCAGGGGAACUCAGCUGCCCAGAAAUUCGACUAUGUUGAGGGCUUUGUUAUUGUUGACGAAGGCCUUAUUAAUAACUGGAGAUCCUCUUUCUUUUCUCCUCGAAACCCUGUUAAAAUUUCCUCAAUUGGUGCUAAUGGCGGUGUUCUUUAUUGCUUGGAAGUCACCAAGAAUUACGAUGAUUCCACUGUCGAUACCAUUGAUCAGGAAAUAGAGUGGUUGCUAAAGAAGUUGAAUUUUAUCCCAUCAUCAGUCUUUACAACAGACCUUCCUUACGUGGACUUCUUGGAUAGAGUCCACAAGGCAGAGUUGAAACUUAGGUCUAAGGGUUUAUGGGACGUUCCACACCCUUGGCUCAAUCUCUUUGUUCCUAAAUCCAGAAUUGCUGAUUUUGAUAAGGGGGUCUUCAAGGGCAUUUUGGGCAAUAAAACAAGUGGCCCCAUUCUCAUUUACCCUAUGAACAGAAACAAAUGGGAGCAAAGGAGCUCAGCUGUGACACCAGAUGAGGAGGUGUUUUAUCUAGUGGCAUUGCUAAGAUCAGCAUUGGAUAAUGGAGAGGAGACACAGACAUUGGAGUAUCUGAGCAAUCAGAACCGUCAGAUCCUGAGAUUCUGUGACGACGCAGGGAUCAAGGUGAAGCAGUAUUUGCCUCAUUAUACUAGUGAGGAAGAGUGGGUGGACCACUUUGGAGAUAAGUGGUCCAAGUUUUACCACAACAAGAUGGAAUUUGAUCCCCGGCGUAUUUUAGCAACUGGCCAACGUAUAUUCAUGCCUUCCUUCCCUCGUUCUUCUCCCAGUACAACAAUGGCAUCGUCUUUCUGAUGACAUGCCACUUAUUUUUACCUACACCCACAUCACAUAGUAAUACCACCCAUACUGACUUAGGAUUAUUCUUGUACAUAUAAUUUUACAUAAUCAAUGGGAAUUCGAAAUGGUUUCCCCCUCUUC